AUGUGGCGAUCAUUUAUGCAAGUGGUCAUGGUGGGAGUGUUGGUAUCGCAGGUUACUGUCGGCGAGGACAGCUGGAGGAACCAUGGCAAAAACGAGAAGAUGUUUGAUAUUUUGUGCUCGCUCUUCACGAAGGCGGCAGAGGGAGCAAAAGGAGAAAACUACAUCGGUAAGUUGAAACAUGCUAGAGAUUCAUCGACUCUGAAAACGGAGACGGAAAAGGUGAAAGAGUUAGAAAGCGAAGUGCAGAGUCAUGAAAAUAAUGCCAGGACAGCGUUUCGGAAAGCAGCGUAUGGGGAAAACAUUGAAAAAGAGGAUGCGGACAAAACUUUUGGAUCCCAUGGGGGCAACCAGCCCUGUAACCCAGCUAGUGAGUGGCCAACAAUACCAAAAGAAAUUGUCUGCAUUUGCAGCUCUGUUGGCGAGGCCACCGACUACUGCCUUGGGAGCGGGAAGGCUCGAAGUUAUGGCCAUGACCAAAGCGGGACAGCGGAAGACGGUCUACAGGCAUGGUAUGGAGUUAAGAGCAGGUGUACAAAGGAUAGCGAAAGAGUUGAGGUUACUAUUGAAGCCAUAAGAAAAGACUUGGAGAAUUUGCGAGGAUUGUAUUCAGAAGACCAGGAAGUUGAUUCCCCACCACCCCCACCACCCCCACCACCACCAUCACCACCACCACCAGACAGUUCACCACUACAAAUACCUGAAAGGCCUGAUCCUCUUGCUUCUAAGCCAUGGGUUAAGCGGUUAGAUGAGGCGAUGAGCCAUAUGAAUAAGAGAGAUGCAGCGCUGGAAAACUUGAAGGAGAAAGUUAAAAGGCUGAAGGGAACUUACGGUAGAGCGAAAAAUGAAGAGGAAGUAAAGGCAUUAAAGGAAUCUGGAGCUGGAGCUGAAGGUGUGCAACCCUCGAGAACAGCACCCCAAACUGCAGCACGAAAGGAUUCCGAUCCUCAACCCACACAAACACAAACACAAAAACAGAAUAUUGCAUCAUUUCCCUCACUCAAAAUUACGUUACUAUCAGUAUCCCUCUGUUUUAUCUGA